AGGCCAAAGUUUAAUGGUUUUUAUGGUAUAAACUUGAAGUUUUGUAUUACUCUCUUCUGUAAGUCUGCAUGUAGUUAUCUGUUUAUCAGAGGGAACAUGAAUCUAGUUUCUUCAAUAUUUUUUUCUUGGUUUGCGAUAGUUUUUUGUAUAAGUGGUUUGUUUAUAAACUUUUUGCAACUACUGGUUUUGCCAUUAUAUUGGAUAAAGAAAAGUUGGUACCACAAUAUUAUACCAGCGUUGUCAUAUGGGAUAUUUAGUCAAAUAACAGUUUUGGGUGAAUGGUGGGCUGAGAUGGAUUUAAAAGUUUAUGUGGAAAGUACAGAGGACUUUAAACAUGUGGGUAAAGAAAGUUCUGUAAUUAUAUGCAAUCACUACAGUGAUAUUGAUUGGUUGGCUUCAUGGAUAUUUUCUGAUCGCAAUGGUUUUUGUGGUAGAGCUAAGGUAAUUUCCAAAAAUUCCAUAAAAUAUGUUCCUGUUAUUGGUUGGUCCUGGUGGUUUGCUGAAUUUGGCUUUCUAAACAGAAAUUGGCAGCAAGACAAAGAAAAUAUCAGCAGAAUUAUUAAAAGCAUGCGAAAUAAUACAAAUUAUUUUUGGAUGGGUCUGCUUUGUGAAGGAACACGUCGAACUGAUGAGAAGUUAAAAGCAAGCCAGGAAUUUUCAUUAAAUAAUGGAAUAGUACCUUUAAAGCAUCAUUUGUUACCAAGAACUAAAGGUUUUUCUCUUAUAGUAGAAGGACUGCAUGAUAAAGUGCCUGCAAUAUAUGACUUUGAAUUAGGAUUCCCUAAUCCUAAGUCAGCAACUUUGAUGAAUAUUUUUAAAAGAGGAAGAAUAGAAGUGUUACUUCAUUUUAGAAGAAUUCCAAUGUGCAAUCUACCAAAAAGUCAAGAUGAACUUUCAAAAUAUAUUAUUCAGCAUUAUAGAGAAAAGGAUGUGUUAUAUGAGACAUUUUUGCAAACAGGAAAGUUUCCUGGUACCUUGGUUCCACUUCCUAGAAAAAUUAACAAUUUAGUUUUGUUUACAGCUGUUAACGUUCUAGUAGGCCUUAUUAUUAUUUCUUGGAUAAGUUAUUGUGUCAUUGUAUUUGGAUUUGGAUUUGUUGGUUUAGCAAUCCUUGUAACUUGUUUUGUUGUAUAUGCAUUUAUGCGGUUUGUUACAAUUGUUUCAAAGUCUGAUCGUGGAAGCAAGUUCGGACUUGAGAAAAAAUGAAGUUUAUUUUAAUUAUGGCGAAAGUAUAAAUUUUUAUAUUUGUUUCAUGAGUUUAAUUUUUUUUUUGGUCAAAAGUGUUUUUUUUAAUCUUUAUUAAUUUUGGUUUUACUCGUUUUUGAUAUUAUUUUUAUAGGUUUAUUUAACUCUAUUUUUUUAAUUGAGAAUCAUUAGUUAUCCAUGAUGUAAGAAUAUUUAAAAAAUUUUUUUAUCUUAUCGUAAAAAAAAAAAAAGUCGAUUUUUAGUGAAACUACUUGAUAAUUUAUUGCAUUUGGGUAGACAAUUCAUAUUUAACUUUAAUAUUUAAGAUCAAUAUAUGUCAAUACAUGUUAAAUUUAGUAUUACUAUUACAUACAAUAUAUGUCAAUACAUGUUAAAUUUAGUAUUACUAUUACAUACAAUAUUACAAGUUUUA